CCGAGAGGUCGACUUCCGCCCCGAGCUCCGCAGCGGCUGUGGCGUGAGUUUGUGGCUGCUCGGCCUGGCCGCGGAACGCGGCGGGGACAUGCAGGACGGGCUUGGCCGCGCAGGGGCACUCCAGGCGCUCGAGGUCCGCUUUGCCCUUUUCCACUUCAGUCGAACAUGUUCUUCAGAGCCCAGCUGAGGCGAAUUCUGCAGCGAGUGCCCGGGAAGCAGCGACUCGGCAUCUACAGGUUCCUGCCCUUUUUUUUUGUCCUGGGAGGAACAAUGGAGUGGAUCAUGAUUAAAGUGCGUGUGGGCCAGGAGACUUUCUAUGAUGUCUACCGUAGAAAAGCCUCAGAAAGACAGUAUCAGAGAAGGCUGGAAGAAGCAUCAGAGAUUGAACUUCAGCAGCCAAUAAAUUAACUAGGGCCUGCCUAAUAACACCCUGGGCUGGUUUUGCACUGCCUUAGAGCUCCUGGCUGGUUCCUGGCUCCUGGUUCCUCCUGCACUGUGCAGGGAAAGGAAUCUGGAGGAGGGCUCUGGCUUCUAAUGCCCCAAUGGCCCAUGGUGAACAGUUCUUAGAGGCUUUCCAAGAAAGUCAUCCAGACCUUAAAAAGGGUAUAAAAUGAAUGCAUGAAAUAAAUAAAUAAUUUAACCAAAAUUAAGUUUCAGGUUCUUUGGUGUAAUUCAAGGAUAUCUAGAAAGAAAAGAAUCUGAUUGCAUUAUAUACUCCAUGAUGAAUCAAUGGUCCAAAUAAUCAGCAACUAGAAGAGAUCUAUCUGAUUUUUCAUGUUAACAAUAGGUACUGACAUACUGAAAAUUUAAAAUUCUUUCAAAUGCUUAAUGCAAAUUGAGAUCCAGUGGUUGACUAGUGGCAAUCAAGUUACAAGGGCCUCCAGUAUUUAAAGUAUCUCGAUACAAGAGACGUUUCCCUAUUUUGUACUACUCCUUUGCCCUCAUGAUUUAUUAAGUAGGAUAACUAUACAUGUGGGUAUGUAGAACAGAUUAAAGGAAUUAAAAGUAUCCUUUGAAAGUUAUACUCUCAUCAGACAAACAGCAGUGGAAAUGCCAUAACAUACCUACUCUGCUAGAAUAUGGCAAGUUUCAGAGAUCACCAAGUGAAAUAAUGUUCCAUGUUGGUAGUUUCCUACUGUCUGAGAAUCAUAUACUGCCUCAAAAUGUUUAUUCUAGGGCCAUAUAAGAAAGUCACCAAAUCUCUAGGUGUUUGGGAUCAGUAAUGGUCUUUUUUUUUUUUAGUGAAUAUUUUCUUAAAAUAAUGAUUCUCUUCUAUAAUUCAAAAGCACAAUAUAAAUUUAAAAACAUAUUUUAGAAAAUAUCCAAUUUCUGGUUGAGAAUUACAACCAUGACACUUGGAAGGAAAAAGAAAUACCACAACUGAAAAUAAAGAAAUAAAGAAUAGAAAACAUUUGCAUGCAGGCAAUCUAUCCUUUCACAAUUAGCUCACGAUAUUGUUUAGAAACAAAUACAUACUUCCUUUCUUAUAUUAGGGGAUAUGCUUCAAAAUAAAUCUCCACGUUUUUACCCCAAUGCUUUCUUCAAGAUGAAUGUCAAUGUUUUGCAAUGUAAAAGAUUUAAAAUUUCAAAGAAUCUAACAUGUAUAGGCAUAAACUGUGAACUCAUUAUAAACAGAACAAAUGUACUUUUAAACUUACCUGCCAAUACUAAAUAUAAUUCAGGGCUUCGCACAUGUUCUGCAAAAAUCACUGACAUCACAGAUAUCUAACUCACCACAAGAAAAACUGCUUUCCCUCCAGCUAUCUAGGAGAUAUACUAACGGCAAAUAAAUGCACAGCACUGACUGUAGAUUUAUGUAGAGGGCCUCUGAGUUAAUAUAGCAAAGGUGCCAUGUCUGCCAAAUAUCUAUAAUCUAAAUAGCAACCUUUCGAAGAAAGCACUUCACUUUUAUCUGUAAGAAACAGCCUUUGCAGAAAGUGGCUUAAGAUAUUCAGGCACGUGAAACAUACAUAUAUAUUCCCCUCUCUAAGAUGUAAACUAGGACCAACUUCACAUUUCAUUGUCAAUUUA